UACUCAUGACAUAGAAAUCACAUAAACAAAAUAUUUUACGUUGUUUAUGUCAAAGUCGAGAUGUUACGUAAAAAUGACGUCAAACAACUUGCGGUUCGUCCGCCACCCCCCACUCUAGAAGAAAUAAUUGAAGACGUCACAAACGCAAAAGAUGACGAUUUCGCGUUUGUGUCGAUGGCAGAUGACGUCACCGAAGAAGAGUUUAUUGACGCCAAAGAGGAUUCAGAUGAAAAUGUUGAAAUAAUGAAAAUUGAAGAAAGAUAUAACGAGUUCGAUCAAGUUAAUUCGAUUAUAAAGGAAUCAGAAGCAAAAGUUUCGGAAGCCAUGCGAUAUAUGCCAACUUUAAUGAUAUCACAAUACCAUUUAUGACAUCACAGGUGACCAAGUUUCUCUCGACCAAUGAGGAACUUUCAGAAGGAAGUUCAGAUUUACGAAAACUUUUCGAACAAAUUUCGACCAGAGGGCAAAUUCUUCGACAAAAAAUUAAUGAAUUAAAAUCAAUGAAACAGAUUAACGAGGACAAUGCUUUAUGAUGUCAUAAUGCUGAAUGUGCAAUAUUUACCUGUUUAAAUAAAAUUACCAAUCUAUUGUGAUGUCAUAAUAGUCUCUUAUUAAAAAGCUUAAUUCUAAACAGCGAUUGUUGGGAUAUAUUCCACAACCUCCCUGAAUAACAUGCGUGUUAUUGAAC